AUGGCUUCGCACGCACCAGUUGAAGACCCCUGCGACUCCAUAGAGUCACCCCAAGCCUCCGACUCUGAGUCUACGAUCAAGGCGUUAAAGAAAAGAAAAGUGGAGGUUGAGCGCGACAUUCUUUAUGCCCGCAAAGAAUGGAAAACUUUAGGUCUGUUUGACCAGAACUACUGGUCUCAAGCCGUAGAGGUCGAGAGGUUGUCAGUACAACGAGAGAUUAUAGAUCGCAAGAUCUCGCAAGGCAGCUUCUCUGGUGAAGAGAUCUACUGGAAGGCGACAGAGGAGGCUAAAAGCAUACUCGAAAGGAUCAAUGCCCAUAGACAGGCUGAGAAGAUUUGCGACGCCAGAGCCACAAGGCUUGGUGAAGACAAACCGCAAAGGACGCUAAGAGCCUCAUUCAUGCGGUUGUUUACCACAUCCAAAAUGGGUAUAAACAUCUCCUGGACUGGUGCUGGCAAGCGCAAAAGAAGUGAUCAGAGUGAGUGGAAGCGCACGAUGAUUGAUGCAUACAAUGCGAAGCACCCGGAUCAAAACUGGCUGUGGUGCCCAAUAACACACCAAUGGAGAGCAUCCCAUAGUGUGGUUGCUGCACAUUUAUUUGGCUAUAUGCAUGGACAAGCAACCAUGGAUGCCAUUUUUGGGAAAGGAAGAGGCAUCUUUUCUCCGCGUAAUGGCCUCCUGGUCAGUCUUGAGUUCGAGCGCUACUUCGACAGCGGGAAGAUAGUCAUUGUCCCAGACAUUGGAGAAGACGCCGGGAUCUCAGAGAUGCUGAAUUGGCUGAAUCGCAAACCAAGAGAGUUUAAGAUCAAGAUCUUGGACCAGGAUUGGAAUCACCUCGACAACAUGGUUGACGACAAGUCCGGAUUGACCUAUAGAAACCUUGAUAAUCGCUCUCUGAAGUUUAUAUCAGACUUUCGACCCGCUGCCAGAUAUCUUUAUUUUCACUAUUGCGUGCAAGUUCUCAGAAGGGCAUGGCAAUACACCAAAGAUACGGAUAAGACUGAGGCAGCCAAGGACCAUGCGGUGAACGUUUUACAUGGCACAAAUGGCAAAUUGUUCUGGGGGACCCCUGGCCGCUAUCUUCCUCGGAAUAUGCUGCUAGCUUUGGUGGAAGAGCUAGGCCAUGAGUACGAACCACUUCUGAAGGGUGCAGCGUCAAGUACGUCUGCUGAUUCUGAUAUGUUGCUUGAAUUAGCUGCAAACCAAACGAAGGCGCGGCGAAAGUCACUAUCAGAGGACCUUUUUCGCGACGAGGAUCCAGACAUUGAUGACAUUGAUGAUGAGUAG